UCCCUUCCCCCAUGUCCUACAGCAUCCCCUGUCCUGUGUGUAUGGAAACCAAGUUCACUUUCUCCUGGGCAAGCAGAGAGGGGGCCUUUGAUUCGAGGGGCAAGGGGAGGAGGGCAGAGUGUGCACUAUGGGACUGGGCCUCCUCUUCCUCACCGUGCUGGCCAUGCUGGUCUCCUGCGAGGACCCAGAAGGAGACCUGGAUACUUACUGGUCUGGCACAGCGCCCAUCUGCGUGGGGGGCUGCAAGGGGAAGCACAAGGAGCUGAAGAGGAGCCAGUGCGGGAACGGCAGCUGCUGCUGGCUGGGCUACAAGUCCUUCUGCCGAGUGAACUGUGGGCGACCCGAAGCGGACUUCAACUCGGUGGUGUAUGGCAACGACUGGUGGGUCGGCUCGGUGGUGCGGUACAGCUGCCGGCCUGGAUUCCUGCUCCUGGGGGACCCGGCCAGCGCCUGCCAGUCCAAUGGCCGCUGGACCCCCAAGCCCACCUGCCUCCCACCCAGGCCCACCUGGGGGCCUUCCUCAACCGUGGCUGCAUCAAGAUCUCAGCCUGUGUCACCAAGUACUCAGGCUGGGCCCGCUGGUUCCUGCGCUGCGACAUCUGUGAGUGUGACUGCCACGUCCCAUGCGCUUCCUCUGGGUAGAGCUGGGCCGUCUGGGGCUGUGGCCGCUGGCCCCACGCCAAGGGAGGCUUCCACCCUGGAUGUCUGCUUCCCUUCGCCAUGUGUCUCCAUCACUGCGCCCCUUCCAUAAGCUCCGUCUGUCCCAAGGCUUUCAUCUGAGAGGAGAGGAGAUGUUUUGGACUCGCUGUCUUUCAGGGCUGCCUUCCUGCCUGGCCCCAUCCCUUGAGUGUCCAGUGGCAGGAGAUGCUCUGUGAGCAGCAGGCACUGGAGAUCUGCAUGUGUUUCCUGCAGCUGGGCUUGGGAAUGUUGGUGUCUUGGCCUCCAUUUGCCUGGCUGCUUCCUAGGGGAGGCUCAUAUCCCCUUUUAGGGGGGAGGUAGCAUGUAUGCCUGUGCCUGUUGCAGGAGUAUCUAUCCCAUCUGUGCUGCAGGUUGUGAUUUCUCCCUGCCAGGUAUUUCCUGCACACGGGCCAGGCCCUGGGCUGAGAGGUAGAUCUGCCCUCUGUGCUUGCUGCAGCUGUCAGGCAGAGUGUAACCCUGUGCUAUGCUACCUCUCUUCUCAGGAGUGUGUUUCUGACCAUGCUCCUUUCCCUAAACUAUUUGUUCUCCCCACUGGCCCUUCACUUCUCACUGGGGCAAUGCUCAGUGGGUUGCACUCAUGCUGAUGGUGGUACCUGACUCCAGCCAGGAACAGCCCUGUGCUCCCUGGGGACCACCCUGGCUCCCUCUGAAGCAGCAAUGGAAAAGCUAAAAUUUUUAUUUGCCCAGGGAAGGAGAAGGUGGUCUGGAGCACAUGUGAUGGGAUUGCCAGGGGAGCUGGAGGACCAGCAGCACCACCAUGGGUAAUUAAAAAUAUGUUUACAGGAAAUCACACAGGUUUUCCAGUCAUGCAAAGAAAUUCUGCUGCCUGCUCUGCCCUGGAGCCUCGGACUUAGAUGACAGAGCCAGGACAGGCUCCCUCUGCCACUGAUACUGCCCUGAACAUGUGAGCCACCAUGGGGACACAGCCAUGGUCAAGGCCACUGUAGGAAGGUCCUAGCUAGGGACCAGAUGGAUGCUGAAUGUGCCCAUGGCACUGGCCACCAAGCCUUUCUGGGCACUGGACUCCCAUCCCUGCUGGCCUUCCACCUUGAAAUGACUGGAGCGGGAUGCUGCAGCAGCUGCUGGUUUCUGUAUGGCCACCAGCUUGGUCUCAGGAGCUCCUGACCCAGCCUCAAGCAGUUGAGAAGGAAGGGGCUUUAGCAUCAAGGGGGUUCACUCCCAGGCCCUGCUUGUGCCCACCUGCAGGGAAGCAGGGCUGUUUUGCACUGCACAGAAGGGGCCUGGGCUGAGACCUGCUAACAGUGAGUGCCCUGGGAAUGGGAGCCAGUGUGCUGAACGCAGAGCAAACUGGAUAUGUCCAGCGUGCCUUUUGCUCCAUGAGGAGAUGACUUAGGACCUCCAGGUGGAGCUUGGCUAGAUGGCUACCUCCUUGUGCCUUCUCCCUGCCCAGCCUGUGGGCUGCCUUGCCCCACAGUCUCUCCUCUGGCUAGAUCCUGCUCCACUAAGGAGCCAAAUCACUGCCCAAGGCUGGCUGUGGGAGGGGAAAGCUUUCCUUGGCUCAACAGACGGUUUUUUAAUUAAUACUCUUGUUAGUGCCACUCGUUUCCAUAUGUCUUUCAUGUUUAAGUGCUGUGGUGGGUGAGAGGUGUGAGUAACAGCGAGGAUGGAGCCAGGCGCGGU